UGAUCAGCUGUGUCCAAUCACAGCUGAUCACAUGUGCACUGAUCAUCAGAGCACUGAGGAUCAGUGUGUCCUGAUGAUCUGUGUAGCCCCAGCAGUGCCACCUGUCAGUGUUCAUCAGUGCCAGCUCUCAGUGCUCAUCCAUGCCACCUGCCAGUGCCCAUCAGUGCCACAUUUCAGUGCCACAUCAAUGCCACAUAUCAGUGCCCAUCUGAGCUGCCUUUCAGUGUCACCCAUCAGUGGCAGUCAGUGCCACCUAUCAGUGCCAGUCAGUGCCGCCUAUCAGUGCCAGUCAGUGCCACCUAUCAGUGUGCAUCAGUGCAGCCUAUCAGUGCCCGUCAGUGCUGCCUAUCAGUGCCCGCCUAACAGUGCCAGUCAGUGUCAUCUAACAGUACCAGUCAGUGCCGCCUAUCAGUGC